UCUUAAAGCCCCGAUUCGGAAGAAGGGAGCGGUUGAGCAGACUGACAGUAGUGCAAAACAGACAGAGAAGACAAGAAGAAAAACUAAGCUUUAUAUACCACAUACAUUUUACAGACAUGGAAUUGUGCGAGAUACUGUACAACAAAGCAGAGUAUAUUGAAACUGCCUCUGGUAACAAAGUGAGCAGACAGUCUGUACUAUGUGGGAGUCAGAACAUCGUCCUCAACGGAAAAACGAUUGUGAUGAACGACUGCAUCAUACGGGGAGAUCUGGCCAAUGUCAGAGUUGGUAGACAUUGUGUUGUCAAGAGCCGGAGUGUCAUUCGACCGCCUUUUAAGAAGUUUAGCAAAGGGGUGGCUUUCUUCCCCCUGCACAUUGGCGACCAUGUUUUCAUAGAAGAGGACUGUGUGGUUAACGCUGCACAGAUAGGCUCCUAUGUCCAUAUCGGCAAGAACUGUGUCAUAGGUCGACGCUGUGUGCUGAAGGACUGCUGUAAAAUCCUGGACAACACAGUACUGCCCCCUGAGACAGUGGUGCCUCCUUUUACUGUGUUCUCUGGCUGCCCAGGGUUGUUCUCAGGGGAGCUACCAGAAUGUACGCAGGAUUUGAUGAUCGAUGUGACCAAGAGCUACUACCAGAAGUUCCUCCCCCUCAGCCAGAUCUAGUCCUGCCCUUCAGCCCAACCACAACCUUCCCCUGACUUAGGCUGCAUCUCAAUAAUUAGUCAUUGGCUUCUUGGACUUUGCUUCCUUCUUCAUCACGGUCCCCCAGUUUCUUCUGGCCCUCUGGAAUGUGAGGCCUUAAUUAGAACCUCAUGAAGAAUAUGGAAUGUUUCACCAAAGGCCUGAGGGGUUUCUUGAACUGUAGGUCAUGUGAUGCAAGGAAAGAAGAAAAGAACAACUCACGACUGUUGAUGGGAUCAGUUUGAGGAGCAGCCUUGUGUCCUUGUACUUCCCUUUCUGUUUAUGAAAGGAGAUGAGGGUAGGAGGCCUUUGAGAAGUGUUGGAACCCAGCCUCAGAGGACCAAAAAGCAGAAGUGUUCAAUGGAAAGACAUGAAAGCGGCCUCAAUAAUACUUUUUGUUUACUUGUUUUAUUUCUCAAUAUUUUUUGUUGACUUGUUUUUUUCUUCUCACCACCAGAGCACACAGUCCUUGUUUUUCCUUUCCUACUUGGCAUGACUUCAGCUGCAAUUUUUUGUUGUUGAAACUGUACUGGUCAUAUAGCAUCACUUGUCAGAUUCCUGUGUGUUUGUGUGACUGCCACAAAAACACAAGCCUCACCUUAAAAGACUAAGGCCAGAGAGUACUUUAAUUACUUUACUCUCAGAUGCUAUCUUGCUAUUUUGGACAGAAUUGAGAUGAAUACACAUAAAAUAAUGUUGCCUCUGUACUACAGAAUUAUUUAAUGAAGUAUAUGGUUUAUUUCAUUGACAAUUGAUGUAUAGUUUUAAUAGCACUAGUUAUAAAACUAACCAGUUAUGUGUCAAUGUUG